GCAGCCGGAGCGCGAGGCAGACGGCGCCGGGCGCAGCAAGCGGCGAGCGGGCGGUUGCUGCCGGAGCCCGCAGCGCUAGCGACGGCCGCCGCCCGGAGCCCCGCAAUAUGCCGCCGCGGCCCUGCGGCUCUCGGCCAUGGCGAGGCUCGGUCGGCGCGUCCCUUGCACCCUGCUUCUCGGGCUGGCUGCCGUGCUGCUGAAGGCGCGGCUCGUACCCGCGGCCGCCGGAGCCGAGCUCAGCCGCUCCGACCUCAGCCUCAUCCAGCAGCACCAGCAACGGCAGCGGGAGGCGGCGGCGGAGGAGAAGCCGGAGGCGCCGGGAGCGUCCUCCGCCGCCCCUGUCCCCGUGUCUGUGUUUAUGCUGAAAGUUCAGGUGAAUGACAUCAUCAGUCGUCAGUACCUGAGUCAAGCAGCGGUGGAAGUGUUUGUAAACUACACGAAGACGAAUUCCACAGUGACCAAGAACAACGGGGCAGUGCUGAUCAAAGUACCUUAUAAGUUAGGGCUCAGCUUGACUAUCACUGCUUACAAAGAUGGCUAUGUGUUGACACCCCUGCCUUGGAAGACUGGAAAAAUGCCAAUAUAUUCAUCAGUUACACUUUCACUGUUCCCACAAAGCCAAGCCAAUAUAUGGCUAUUUGAAGACACAGUUUUAAUCACUGGAAAAUUAGCUGAUGCCAAAUCUCAACCAAGUGUUCAGUUUUCAAAAGCCUUAAUUAAACUACCCGACAACCAUCACAUUAGCAACGUAACAGGCUAUCUUACAGUUCUACAACAAUUUUUGAAAGUGGACAAUUUUCUGUAUACAACUGGUAUUACCCUCAAUAAAGCAGGUUUUGAAAGCAUUGAAUUGACUCCUCUUGCUGCAGUAUGUGUGAAAAUAUAUUCUGGAGGCAAAGAAUUAAAGGUGGAUGGCUCUAUUCAAGUUUCUCUCCCCCUUCUACAUACAAAUGAUAUAAAUACAGGGGAUCACAUACCUGCCUGGACAUUUGAUAUGAACACAGGUACUUGGGUACAUCAUGGCCGAGGAGUGGUCAAGGAAUAUAAUAAUCAUUUAAUUUGGACAUAUGAUGCACCACAUUUGGGCUACUGGAUAGCAGCUCCACUUCCAGGAACUAGAGGUUCAAGUAUAAAUGGAGACUCAAAGGACAUAACUGCCUACCACACAGUGUUUCUUACAGCCAUACUAGGAGGAACAAUAGUCAUUGUCAUUGGAUUUUUUGCUGUACUUCUUUGUUAUUGCAGGGAUAAAUGUGGUACUCCGCAGAAAAGAGAAAGAAAUAUCACUAAACUCGAGGUCCUCAAGAGAGACCAGACAACUUCAACCACACACAUAAAUCACAUCAGUUCAGUCAAAGCUGCAUUAAAAGCUGAGAAUAAAUCACAGUUAUUCAAUGCCAAAAACUCCUCAUACAGUCCUCAGAAAAAAGAACUUUCAAAGGCUGAAGCGGAAGAAAGAGUUUCCAUGGUAAAAACUCGGGACAGUUUUAAAAUCUACAAUGAAGAUGUUUCAUUCCUGUCAGUCAAUCAAAAUAAUUACUCAAGAAGCCCGGCACAGUCUUUGGAGCCCAGUGUAGUGUCCAAACAACCUAAACAUGUUAACAAUCUGUCUUCAUCUCUAAGUGAAGCUCAAGAGGAAAAAAGGUAUCUCACAGGUAGUGAACAGGUAUUCGGGCAUUCCCACGUUCCUGAACAGCUCAUGCAUAUCUACAGCCAGCCCAUUGCCAUCCUUCAAACAUCUGACCUCUUCUCCACUGCUGAGCAGUUACAUACUGCCAAGUCAGCUACUCUGCCAAGAAAGGGACAGUUAGUCUAUGGCCAGUUGAUGGAACCAGUAAACAGAGAGAACUUCACACAGACACUGCCCAAAAUGCCAAUGCAUUCUCUCGCACAGCCGCCAGAUGCCGGGGAAGAGAAUAUCCCACUGGAGGGUCAGCAGAGCUUGCCAUCGCAGACUUCAGAUUGGAGCCGGUAUUCAAACAGCUUGCUAGAGUCCGUGUCUGUUCCUGGAACACUAAAUGAGGCUGUUGUGAUGACCCCCUUUUCCUCAGAGCUUCAAGGAAUCUCGGAGCAGACCCUCCUGGAGCUGUCUAAAGGAAAGCCCUCCCCCCACCCCCGAGCCUGGUUCGUGUCUCUCGACGGAAAGCCAGUCGCCCACGUGCGGCAUUCCUUCAUAGACCUGAAAAAGGGCAAGAGGGCCCAAAGCAAUGACACGAGUCUGGACUCGGGCGUGGACAUGAACGAGCACCACUCAAGUAGGAAACUCGAGAGGGAGAAGACCUUCAUCAAAAGCAUGCAUCAGCCUAAGAUCCUUUACUUAGAAGACUUAGACCUGAGCAGCAGCGAGAGCGGAACCACCGUCUGCUCCCCUGAGGACCCCGCGCUGAGGCACAUCCUGGAUGGUGGGAGUGGAGCUAUCAUGGAGCACCCUGGGGAGGAGUCACCGGGGAGGAGAAGCACUAUCGGAGAUUUUGAAGCCAAUACAUCUCCCACCAAAAAAAGGGGCAGACCACCGCUAGCCAAAAAGGAUAGCAAGACUAACAUAUGGAAGAAGCGAGAAGAACGCCCACUGAUUCCCAUGAAUUAACACUGAGGGGGGUGUGUCUCUGCUGUGCCAUGUUGUUUGUUCUUGCUUCUUGUUGUAAAUUGCUGUAUGAACGUCUUAAGAAGUUGAGACUGAGCAACCUCAUGGUCCCCAGACAUGUUUCAAGCAGAGUAAAUAGUAAAAUGGUGAUUCAGUCAUGGGAGAGGAAGAUACCAAGGAAUGCUUUUUCUGGCCUGUUCUUUUCAUUUAUUUUUGGGUCAUCUGAAUUUGAAGUAUCCAAGAGUUCAAAAUAUAAAAUAGGUUCAAGGUUUUAGUUAUUCAAAAAUGUUGCUCAGCCAGCCAAUUUAGCCCUGACUCUCGUGAGAAUAACCACGAACAUGCACUCUAAAGUUGCUCCCGAAAGUGUUGCCUCUGCUUUGAUGACUAUCCCUGUGAAGCGUUCAGAAAUGAAACCGUAGUCCUCAGGCCUCAUAUUCUUGUGAAAUGUUACUAUUAUGUUCUCUAUUGCCUAUACUUGAAAAUAACUUGAUAACUCUUCUGGAUGAAUGUUAUUCUAGAGUCAAAAGGCAACAUUUUUUUUUUGCGAUAAACAGCAUGUGUAUUGUGUCAACCCUAAAGUAAAUCCCACACUCAUCUAAGAUGGGCAAGAAGCUACUUGGUUGUUAGAGAGGGAGAUGCCAGCUCUUUGGUGUUUGGGAUAUAACACCACAGAAUAAAUGACAAGGUGUUAAAUUUGUUAUUUAGAAGUCUGAGAAGUGAAUGCUCUGAUAGUGAAUUUUUGCUUUAAAUUUUCUUUUUCCCUCCUUGAAAAGUGAAAUAAACUUAGCUGUUAAGACAAACUCACAGAUACAUGUAGGCUAAAGUCAGUUUUAAGAUAUUCUAUUAAACUUGAUUUUUUAAAAACAGUGAAUUGAAAGUUCCUUAUGAACACCAAAAAAUUAAUGGAGCUGAAAGAAAUAAACAUUUCACUCUUUUCUGAACUGUUGAGCAGAAAAUGAAAUGCCAUUUCCCUGAGACUCAAAAAUAUCUUCAGGACAAUAGGUAUACAUCCAGAUAUUUAUUCUUUCCAUUGACAUUCAUAAAAGAUGUUUGGGAAAAGCAGUUUCAAUUUCAGGAGAAGAGUAAAUUUCUCCCCCUAAAUCACUUUUGUAGCAUUUGCAACAUUUUUUUCCUAGUUCUAGAAUAUAUCCAUAUUCUUUUCAUCAUAAAUUAUUCAGUGUGGACACAUUCAAUAGCUCUUUUUAAUUAUGAAUGUCUUCAACUCUGAAUUAUCAUUCAUGUGUCCGAAAAAUAAAGCUCUUUGUUAAUUAAAAUCAGCUCAUCCCAUUUUCCCUAAAAUUUACUUGAAGGCAAAUGUCUGAAGCAGCUUCCCCAUUCCCUUGGGGAGAAAAAUGAAACUAAAUUGCUUUUUUUUCAUCCCAUACUAUUCAACAUGGGAGCAGCAUAGAGAUGUAAGGCACACAAGUCAAAAGAAUCAAAAUUAGCCACCUUAGCUUUAGGCAAAUUAUAAAGGGAUGUACAAUGAAAGACGACAGCUUUUCCCCAAGAGAGUAGACUUCAGCCAGUUUUUCCCUGUAACCAGUUCUGAAACAUCUAACCUGUCAGAUAACACUCCUACCUUUCUGUAUCAACCCACAAAAUUUAAAGAACUAGGCAAAAGUUUGCUGUAUUUUACCCCAAUCCACAGGAGAAAGAAAUGUUUUGGGUAAUAUCCAGGUUUACUUUUUUGAGGGAGUUGGUAAUGAUAAGGCCCCAAAUUAGAGGAGGUUUGUUACUGGUCUUAUACAGAAAGAUGCAUUGUAAGUGGCAUAAAUGAAAAUGACUUGGAAAAUGUUAAGGAGUUAGUGCUCUGCUGAAGUGCCUUUGAUACAGACUUGCUUUAUUAGAAGGAUAUAAUGUCUUUCUUAAAUGUGCAUUUUCUUUGUUAGCCAAAUUAGAUGUGCAGUUUUUAUUAAAAUAUAGACCUAGUGUUUCAUGUUGGAACAAUGAAUUUUGCAUGCAAGUAACAUCUUUCCUUUGUUUACUUCUUGAGUCCACUUUAUAUUGAUCCAUUGUGUUGGAAUGAAGUUAGAAGCUGUAUAGUAAGAUGUUGUAUUUCAACAUCUUAAGUUUAUAUUUUUCCCACCUUUAAAAAUGUUUCAUCUCUCAGCUUAGUAAUGGAAUACACAUGUUGAUAUAAGAUUAUACUGUUCGGGUAUGCCACUUAUUAUUCCUGUAUAAAGGGAAUGAGAUGUAUCCCCAAGGGCUUUUCUAGAAAUACUUUUUUGGUUUCAGAAUAAAAUCUUUAUUUUUUUUAAACAUGCUGCACAUUCUGUUCUCAAUUGGAAGUAUAGGCAAUGUAAUAUUUUCUAAUGAUAAAAAAUGUGUGACUUCUCAUUUGGGAGUAGUUCACAAAUUUCCUGUUAAAAGGCUAAAGCGACCUACUUUUUCUUAACCCAAGUGAUAACAUACAGUCAAUGCUCACAAGUUUCUUAAAUUUUUAAAUUGAAAACCAACAGUUUUUUGCAACUGUAAAACUAGAGAAUUUUGAUUGCAAAUUGUUAACAUUUGCGGAUCCUUUGUAUAUACUUUGGAUAUAUAUUAAAAACAAAAUUAUCCCUCAUUAACUGACAGAUUCAUUUACUAAAGCACAGCUAUAUGUAUUUUUGAAUACAUAUUAUCUUGAAACUUUAUAAAACUCAUUUUUAUGACAUUUAUGCAGUUAUAUAGGGAUUAUGCCCUUUUAUAAUACACAGUAUAUACUAUGAAGGUCACAAAUGUUGAGGAAUAAAAGCAUUGUUUGGCUUGGCAGUCGUUUCAGGUCACUUUCUGUGUGCUUGAAUCCUCUGAUAUCAAUACAUACUAUAGCGUUUUAGGAAUCUGGGGGUCAAAUAAUGUCUCUCAAAACUUUUCAGAAAGUGGAAGCUCCAGGUCACAUAUUCACUUACAGGGAAUGAGUUACUCAUUUCCCCACGUACUGCAUUGUAAAGAAUUGGACUGUGUUGACAUCUCAGACCUAGAGUUGACAUGUUACCCUCUUGUUUCCAAGUGUUUCUAUCUUUUGUAUUCUUUUAUCAGAGGAAUCUCACCUGUCAGUGUGUUUAUUACCAUUACUACUGUAUUUAAUGCCGAAAAAUGUAACAAUCUGAGGAUUUGUAAAAUGUUAAAGAUAGUUCAUUAAAGAUAAUAAAAUCUAAAAAUGUAACGACGUG